GCUAGCUAGCUGUGCUCUGUGUAGUAUUUCGGACUUCGGCCUCUUCAGGCGUUCUGCAGCAGACUUAAAAUGCACGAGUACUCGAGUUAGAAUCGGGAUUUUGCUCCGUUCUCUGUUACGGUUCGUUGGGUCGGGGUACUGGGCCGUUUUAUUUAGCAGACUGCCCGGAGUCGAGCGUGGAGUGAGUCCAGUUUGUUCUCGAGGUGAACUAACAGAGGAAGUUAGCAGAGAGUCGUUUCCGCUGUUUCUUUUUUCUUCUCGAUAAACUCCUCACACCAGACGAUUUUUGGACACAGCCAACACAGAGGAGCUGAAACCCGGUGGUGUCUCAGCAGUUUUUGUCAACGAGGACUGAAGAACCAGAGCUAAACGAUGCGAGUUAUAUAGUCCUAAAUACUGAGGGUUAGCUUGGCUAAACCAGCCCCUUGUUGUUCCACGCUUUACUUCGUACAGAGGGUCUGCCAGGGUUGCCAGAUCGGAAUGAUAGUUUACAGCCCAAACACAACGUAAAACAUACAUGCACUUUAUCAGAUAUUAUAUUUACUUUUUUUUUCAUUGUAGCUCUGCAAAGGCUGUUAGAGACAUUUAUUGUGAAAACCUGUAAAAAAAACAUAUUGAAAGUGUCUGGGAAUGGGUGGAGAUAUAUGUGUUAGCUGCAAGCAUGUGCAUAACAAAAGUUAAUAGCCCAUGGAUUGUUUUGCAGAAGAGGUCCCACUAAAUAUGUUGAAAAGCAGCACAAUUUUUAACAACCUGUCCAAAGCUGUUUUUCCAGCCCAACUCAACACCAGCUCAAAAGAAGCCCAGUUUGACAGAAGCCCACUCUGGCAACCCUCAGCUGUUGAGAAAUAAUUGCUUGGACUCUAUUGAAGUUUUAAACAAUUGGAUCUGAUUUUAUCCAGUUGCUAAUGUUUGUCUGUGACGUAUGUAGUGAGCCAGCUCGAACGUGAAGGAAGCUAGAAGCUUACUGGAAUUUGCGUGUGCUGUAAAUUACCAUCCCCUACUGGGAAGGGAGAAGUACCAAACCUAAUGAGAUGUCUGUAAAUGAUUUCUGCAGGUUUUGUGCGACAAAUUUAAGAAUUUCUGGAAUUCUAGCAAACAGCAAAUUAAUAUUCGACAGUAAGGCUGUUGAUGAUAUAUCGUCUCAGCUGUCAAGGCUAGGUUUAAUCGUUAAAAACACGCCGCAUCGUUCAUACCGGAUCUGUCGUAGAUGCUGCACUAUAAUCUCGAGGCUGCUACACGAUACAGUGGUUCUUCAGCAAUGGAAAGACAGUGAGAAGGCAACUGUUGUGGAGACCUGUCUGGAGAAAGAUGCAAAUGCCUCUGCCUCUACUGGCAAAGGAGACGGAGAGCCUUCACCACCCAAAACCGCAACAGCACUUGAGUCCGGGAUAUCAGCCAACUCGCCUGAGAGAAGCAGUAUGGCCGAGGAGGCCAUGGAAAACUCAGAUGCUGUUUUGGAACCUGAGCAUCAUAUAAAAUGCGGCAGUCCUACGUGUGAUAAAGACAGAACUUCAAAUACGAGCAUCCCAGUGAAUCCAACGCCAAGCGAUGCUUCUGAUUGUUCUGUGUCUGAAAACAACUUCUUGAAAAACCCUGACAACAUUAAAAAAGAACCUGAUCUUCCUCAGGUGACAAUUAGGUAUGAUGUGAAUGAAAAGCAACUCCUCCAGUUCUUCAAUAGCCAGUGCCCCAUGUGUCAGUCAAACGUAAAUUUGGAGAAGGUCGUGUGUGGCUCUGUCUUCACCCUGACCCUGAGGUGUCCUCAGUGUGGCUACAGUAAGGAGUGGAAAAAUCUGAACAUCAUAGCAGCCGGUGAUGAGCAUCAGACAGAACGCACAGAAACUCCUUUAAAGACGGUGUCAGACAGCGUUCCCAAACUUGACGGCACCCAAGCAAAUCCAACACCAAAUGAUGCUUCUGACUUUUCUGUGUCUGAAAAUAACAUCUUGCUAAACCCUGACAACAUUAAAAAAGAACCUGAUCUUCCUCAGGUGACAAUUGGGUAUGAUGUGAAUGAAAAGCAGCUCCUCCAGUUGUUGAGUAGCCAGUGCCCCACCUGUCAGUCAAAAGUAAAUAUGGAGAAGGUCAUGUGUGGCGUUGUCUUCAGUCUGACCCUGAAGUGUCCUCACUGUGGCUACAGUAAGGAGUGGAAAAAUCUGAACAAUAAUAGCAUCCCAGCAGUCGAUGAUACACAUCAAACAGAAACUACUGCAGAGACGGUGUCAGACAGCGUCCCUGACUUUGACAGUGAGAAAGACAGAACGUCAGAUAUGAGCGUCCCAGCAAGUCCCACACCAAGCGAUGUUUCUGACUGUUCUGUGUCCGAAAAUAACAUCCUGCAAAACCCGGAUGAAAUUAAUAAAACAGCUGAUCUUCCACAGGUGAAAAAGGGGUGUGUUGUGAAUGAAAAGCAGCUCCUCCAGUUGUUCAGUAGCCAGUGUCCUGCCUGUCAGUCAAAAGUCCAUAUGGAGAAGGUGGUCUGUGGCAAAGCCUUGUCCCUGAACCUGAGGUGCUCAAAGUGUGACUACAUUAAGGAGUGGAAGAAUCUGAACUGUAAGAACAUCCCAGCAGCCGGUGAUACACGUCAGACAGAAACUACUGUAGAGACGGCAUCGGACAGCGUCAUUGAGUUUGUUUAUUUAAUUGCUGAGGAGGAGAAUGAUGAAAUGGACUCACCAGUUAUCUCCAGUGGCCCCAGUGAGGAGGAUUCAGGUGAAGAAUGGGACCCUGAGGACGAGGUUUUGUUUGGUGGGGAGCCUCAUACCGAGUCUGAUGAUGAUGAUGAGUAUGACGAUGAGAAUAUUCCUUCCAGUCACACGGAGCUCUGCACAGACUGUGGGAAAUUUUUUAGAACGGGAAGGCCCCACACAUGCGAACAUAUAAUCAAACCCUUUUCAUGCAAUACUUGUGGGAAGAGGUUCAUAAAUGAGACGUCUUUAACAUAUCACACAAGAGUACACGAUGCAAACUAUGUGGUGUCAUGCAAAUGCUGCUACAUGAAGUUCAAAAAUAAGGCAGACAAAUCUGUUCACGAGAAGAAACAUCUGACUGAAGAGAAGCCGUUUAAAUGUCUCGACUGCUCGGAGACAUUUGCAACAUAUCCUAAGCGUAUGAUCCAUAUGAAAGUACACAGGGAGGGACCAGAGGGGUUAAAAUGUCGUGAAUGUGGGUUGGAGUUUAAUCGAAUUGAACAUCUUCGGAGGCACAUAGUUGUACACACAGGUGAAAAGCCUUACAAGUGUGUGGUGUGCGAACGUGGCUUUAACCAGGCCGGGAAUCUGAAGUCCCACAUGCGCCUGCACACAGGAGAGAGGCCGUAUAUGUGUCACCACUGUUUCCAAGGCUUCAAUCACAAUGUGAGCUUGAAGAGUCACAUCAAGCGUUACCACACACCCGGCUCUGAAAAUGGACAGAAGAAGGCAAACAAAAGGAAACAUGACGAUGAGGAUUAUCAACCUGAUGGAAGCAAAAACGAAUCGGAACAGGAUACAGACGAUGAUGUGCCGCCAAAAAGAACCUAUCGACGCAAAACUAAGAGCACAGGUAGACCGAAAGGAAGGCCAAAGAGAAAUAAAGCAGAUCCUGUUUUUCAAGCAGAAGAAACACAAGAACGGAGCUCAGACACAGAUACAGAAAACUAGAAGGACUCUGAGCGCAAACCUCCACCAAAACUCCAGGGUGACACAAGCAGUAAUAUGUAUGGAACCAUUAAACACACAAUAACCUUGCUGGGGGAGGUAACUAGUAUUCCUUGAAGGAUGGGUUUCUACAUGUUUUAUUUUUUAUAAGAUGCCAAACGGGUGUUCUGCAUCUGUAUUUUUUAUUUUAUUUGUAUUCUGAAAUGGUAUGUUUAGCAACAUUUGUUCUUAAAAAAAUGUCAGCAGGUUUUCUUGUUAAAGGUAGAAUAUCCAAGUGACUGAUGCCACUUGAACAGUUUGCAAGAUUUUUUUUUCAUUUUAUUUUUUACACAUUUUUUGUUUUGUUUUAACAUUUCUAUGUUAAAAAUUGUGUCUCUGAAUAUGUCAAAAUGAUUUUUAAAUGGAAGGGAUUUAUUUAUUUAUUUUUAAUAUUAUUAUUAUUAUUAUUUUUUAGAAUUUGUAUCAGCAUUGUGGGAAAUUCUGGAGGAAAAUAUGUUCAGCUGCCAGUGUCGAAAAACAUUCAAAUUGGUUUUGGAGAUUUAAUUAAACUUGUUUGCUCUGUACAAUGUUCUGAGAUGGCUUUUUGAAUUGAUGUAAAAACAAAUCAAAGUAAGCUGAAAAUAUUAGGCAUCUUCAUUUAAUUGUGGAGAGCUGGUUUUUUUUUUAAGAACGACUUUUUUCAGAGAUGCAAUUUUCAUGGGAUCCUUUUUUUAAUUUCACAUUUAUAUUAUGUGCAUUCCUAGAUUUUGGAGCUCUUGAGUAAAAGURUCCAAGUAUUUUCUUCUCAGACCUACAUGACAGGACUAUUACAGAUUAAUUUGGCCACAUCAUUACAUUAAUGGAUAUAACUUUUUCCAAACUGAUUCAAAAAGUUCAAGUUUAAAAGUCUGUAUUUUGCUCAGUCUUUUGUUUUGAUUUUAAUAUGUUUCAAUAAAGUUUUUAAGGGAAAAAGAA